AUGGACUAUCAGUUGUAUUUUAGUGAGCGCUGUGGAGUCUGUCGGAUCGUGUCUGCGGCGGAUCUUCAUCAUGCUCCGGUGCUGCCGGCUCGGUCCGAGCGUCCGGUGCGUCUGCAGGGAGACUGGGUGAGCACGCGGUGCGAGGUGCGUCCGGGAGUCCUCUUCCUCACCCGACAGCUGACCUUCCACGAGGACAGCCAGACCUGGACCGGACAGUACGAGCACUUCUCUGACCCGGUCUGCCGUCACCCCACCUUCAGCAUCUCAGCCAGCGGACGCUACAGCCGCGGAGCUCCAUCUGCAGCCAUCGGGGGCGCCGUCGAGUUCACCUUCACCGUGACGCACAUGACGGUGACGCCCAUGGAUGUGGCCACCACGUCUCUGCUGAACAUCUUCCGAGGUCGCGAGUGCGGGUCCGAGGGCUCGUGGCAGCGGGGUGUUCCCCAGGACGUGACCUCCACCUCGGGCUGCGCGGCGCUGGGCGUGCGUCUGCCUCACACCGAGUACGAGCUCUUCCGCGCCGGCCAGGACCCGUCUGGACACAACCUCCUCUACAACGGCCAGAGACCCAGCGACGGCUCCAGUCCGGACCGGCCCGAGCGACGGCCCACCAGCUUCCAGCCGCCGCUGAUCCGCUGCAGCCGCGGGGGGCGAGAGCGAGAGCAGCCCUUCAGACUGAGCGCCGGUGGCGGCUCAAACGCUCUCCACACACUCGCCGCUGCGCUCGUCCUGCUGCACACGCUCAUGUAGCCACACCGAGAACGUGACUUCACCAAGACAUAGGCCUAACCCUAUCCCUACCCAUAACUUAUCCCU